GGAUUCGGCUUCUACUGACAAAUUAUUCUCAAACUCUAUAAUGAACAUUUGUUCCGGAGAGGAAGGAAAGAAGCAAAUGAUCGCGGCACGCGAAACGCAAAUAAGCCGCGUUGAGGCGGAGAGGAUACGGAGGGAGAAGCUAAACUGUCGAUUCAACGAACUCCGAAGUGUGGUGCCGAACGUGUCGAAGAUGGACAGAGCAUCUGUACUCACCGAUGCAGUUGCCUACAUCAAACAACUUAAAGCACAGAGAGAGGAACUGGGGGCCCAAGUCCGAGUCGAAUCACAAACCGCAGCAAAGGUGUGUGUCGCGAGCACAUCAAUCGCCGGCGGUCAUCAUGCGGUGCCAUCGUUGGGCGAAGUGGAGGUGAUGAUAGUAGGAUCAGAAGCGAUGAUUCGGGUGCAGUGCGUGGACGCGAAUUACCCUUGUGCAAGGUUGAUGGAAGCUCUUAGAGGAUUAGAUAUUGAAGUUUAUCACGCCAGCAUGACGAAGGUGAAGGAAAUUAUGCUUCAAGAUGUUGUCGUUAGGGUUCCUAAAGGAUUUACAAGUGAUCAAGAGGCCUUGACAACUGCUAUUCAAAGAAGAUUUCAGAUUUAAGUUUUCAAUUCAGUUAGCGCACCAAAUAACC